AUGGGAAGCUUUGAUGAAGAAGCGGACAUCUAUCCGAACGGUUUCAAUCAUGACAUCACGCUUAUAAAACCCACAUCUUCAACAGCAGUGAAGGAUGUCGCAUCCCCGUUGGCCAACCUUGGGUGGCUCAAUCACGAUUCCUGGGCCGCGCUGCGUCGACAAACAACCAAGGUCAAGAUUCUAGCUGACACGAAGGGGACGCGUUCAGCGAAGAGCAUCCGGGGCAGUCGUCCAUCCGACGUCCUUGUCGUGGGUGAAGGCAUUUUCUUGAACCAAAAAGCUGCAGCCGGUGACUCGACGAGUCUGAAAGAGCACGACAUAUCGACAUGGAAGGAUCUCGUUUCGCGUGCGCUCCUGUAUCGUGUAUAUCCAGACUUUGAUCCGCCCCAAGGCUACAGCGGUCUCGCGCUCCAUGCAGAGGGCGUGCGACAGGAUGGUACUGUAGGCCAGGGUAUCGUGGGCUUUCAGAGCUUUGUGCAACGCAGUGGUCACGUGCAGAAUUUCGAGAUGGAAGGCCCCGCGCUCGAACGGAGACUACAAGUUGGUAGAGUGGCAUUCUAUGGAGCAUUUGAGGUUCCUGCCGAGCUUAAGACGUACGACAUAGUCUGA